AUGUUGACUACUAGUAAUAAAAAUAAAAAUGAUAAUCAAAUGUCACCAUCAAAUAAUAUCAAAAAAAAAGAAUGGGGUAAACUUCUUCAAUUUGAUAAGUCAUCACAUAAACAAACUCAUCAGGACGACUAUGGAUUAUUUAAAAAACAUAGUCUAAUUCACAAUGUAUAUAAGGCUGGACGGAUUAAAAAUUUGGAUAUAAAUCUGAAUGAAGGAAAUACAGAUAAAGAUAUGUUACGUUAUAUAAGUGGAACACAUUUUAUAAUUAAACGUGAAAGAAUAACAAAUUAUAAAGCAGCUGAUUGUGAAGGUGAUUUUGUUGUUUUUAUUUAUGACGAAAGUACAAAUGGCACUUUUAUUAAUCGAGAAAAAAUAAAAGAUAAACGUAUAUUAAUUCACAACGAUAUCAUUAGUAUUGCUGAAUCUGAUAACGAAGUCUUCAAGUACUUAAAAAUAGCAAAUUCAGAAAAAAUAACUAUUAUACCAAAAGAAGUGGCCAAAAAUUACGUCGAUUUACGACCUUUAGGACACGGAGCGAAUGGUGAUGUAAUAUUAGUUGUCUCAAAAAUAAAUUUUCGUCCAUUUGCAUUAAAGAAACUUAUGGAAGGUGGUGAAUUACAAAGUAGAAUUAUGAGAAGUAAAGGUUUACCAGAAAAAUUAGCUCAAUUUUAUUUUUAUCAAGUUUCAUCAGCUAUAAAGUAUCUUCAUAAUAAAAAAAUAACCCAUCGAGACAUUAAAGCACAAAAUGUUUUACUAAGAAGCAAUGAAGAGUACACACUUGUCAAAGUAACAGAUUUUGGUUUGUCAAAACUAAUCAACGAUGAAACCCAGAUGCAGUCUCGCUCUGGUACAUUCAAGUACAUGGCACCUGAAAUUUAUAAAAGAAAAGUUUACACUAAUCGUGUUGAUGUUUGGAGUUUAGGUGUAUUAUUAUAUUUUAUGUUAAGAAAUCGUUUUCCAUUUGAAGAAACAAAAGAAGUGCCAAUUUUUUCUGCUGUUAUUGGUGGUAAAUUUAACUUUGAUCAUUGUAUUUGGAAAUCUAUAUCAGAAACAGCAAAAUGCCUGAUUAAAAGAAUGUUAACGGUUAAUCCCAAACAUAGAUAUUCCAUUGACAAUGUUGUUGAAUGCUCUUGGUUAGAUGAUGUUGAACUAACAGAAAAAAUUUCAUCACUAGAAAACUCUGAGGUAAUUCAUACAAAUAAUAAACGUGAUAGUGAAAACGAAAAACCUAAUGAUAAAAAAAUUCGUAAACUACCAUGUAGUGAUCCAGUUAUUAAUGAUAAUCAAAUUAAACGUCCACGCUUAAAAUAA